CAUAGCCUCGUAUUUUCUUCCAAAGCUAAACAUGCCAUCAACGAGGUCUUAUGGAACAGCCGGCGCAAACAAUGAGAAGAUAGGUGGAGUACCUGUGCCUCACUACUUCGAUUUUCAGUCUGGCGGGCGUGGUCAGGUGAUAAGACUCCUAUGGGAGGCAAGUUAGCAGCGGCAGACCUGAAAUAUGAAGAGACAAGUAUCCUAUCUACGAACUCAGACUUCCUACAGGAUGCCGAGAUCGCCUACAAGGACAUCCGCUACAGCUUUGAAGAGUAUCCAAAAUACAAAGCCACCAAAAUUUCUAGCUCAACCCAACGACGAAUCUCCCGGUCAUUGAGUUGAAUAGUAGGAUUUGACGCAGAGUUACGCCAUCCUCAGGCAUUUCGCGCGCCAAUUGGGCAAAUACGAUG